CACAUGGAUUAGAUUGUUUUCACAUAUUUGACCGAACUUAAGAGUAAAUGUGGUAAUUUAUCAAAUUGAACGGAAAGAUAAGCGGACGUGUGGUUUUAUUCGCAAAGGCACGACUUGUGUUAAUUUUACCGUCGACUUUAGAGAAAUUAUGGACGAAAUCCAUUCAAAAAACGGAAAAACCCAGGAGAUACAGAAGUUGAUAAAGCUGAGUCAUGUUGCCAAGGAUCGCACCCACUCUCCGUACAGCCAGUUCAGAGUAGGUGCAGCACUGCUGUGUAGUGACGGGACUGUCUUUACUGGAUGCAAUGUUGAAAAUGCGUCAUACGGUCUGACAAUCUGUGCUGAGAGGACAGCAGUGGUGAAGGCAGUGUCCGAGGGACACAGAGACUACACUGCCAUUGCCAUAUCCAGUGACCUAAAGAACAACUUCAUAGUCCCGUGUGGAGCCUGUAGACAGGUUUUAGCUGAGUUUGGGACCCACAUUGAAGUAUACAUGACCCGUCCAGACCUGACCUACCACAAGAUGACCGUUGGAGAGUUACUGCCCCUUUGCUUCACCCCAGACCAACUGACCAGAGAGAAGAUAGCCGUGGUCAGCGGCCAGAAUCCAGAGGGCAGCACUGUCAGUGAGAUCCCCAAGCUGAUCAAAAGUAAUGGCUUAGAGGCGGAGGAACUUCUGAGUGGAGAACAAUGAUGAGAAUUGUCAUUGGGGGUAGUAAUAUUAUAGUAUAUCGUAGUAUGUAGGAGUUAAAAGGGUUUGCUUAUUUUUAUAGAAAGCUUUUUAAAAAUAGUCACAAAGUAUUUUAUUCAUUAAAAUGAAUAAUCAGAGAUGCAUUGAUAUGAAGUGGCAUCUAGUCAUUACAGUUAAUCAGGUUAAUGAGGAAGCUACAUGUACAUGGCCACUUUUUAAUUUAAAGAACUGGUCGACCUUAAAGUGCUGAUUUUAGAGAGUAGGUAUUUGGCUGUCCCCCUCCCCCAACUGCCCUGGCCGAAAUCCCCAUAUACCUGUAUUUUCUCCGUUUUUUAGCCAAUUAUGUAUUGUUACAACUUAGCUUAUCAGUAGUUUGCCACCAGAACAAUGAGGCAGGGGCUUUGCAGAGACUGAAAACCAAGGAAUGUUAAACAUGUUGAAGGUUUCAUGUGAAAAAUUGAUAUUGUUAUGACUAAAAUGCACUGUAUGCAGUCUCGACAGGGGCCAAAAAAA